AUGCGGCUGACUACGUGGAAUGUCAAUGGCAUCCGCAACCCCUUCUCCUACCCGCCAUGGAACACCAAUCGCUCCUAUUCGGCCAUGUUUGAUAUCCUCGAGGCCGACAUUGUGGUCAUGCAAGAGCUCAAGAUCCAGCGUCGCGAUGUGCGCGAUGAUAUGGUGCUGGUAGACGGCUGGGACUGCUACUUCUCCCUCCCGAAGCACAAGAAGGGGUACUCAGGCGUCGGCAUCUACACCCGCAAUGCGACGUGUGCACCUAUUAGAGCAGAGGAGGGCGUUCUGGGCGUCCUGCCAAGCAGUAAUGGGACACCAUACCGAGAAUUGCCAGAAAAUGAGGCCAUUGGAGGCUAUCUGAAUACAGAGCAAUAUGCAGAACUAUGGGAGCUAGGAGGCGAGGAUCCUGCCGGGCUUGAUGCAGAAGGACGAUGUGUGGUGUUGGAGUUUCCUGCAUUCGUGCUAUUUGGCGUAUAUAGCCCGGCCAACAGUAACGGCCUGAGGGAUGGGUUCCGAUAUGGUUUCCUGUGUGCUCUGGACUAUCGAAUACGGAAUUUGAUCAAGAGCGGAAAGAACGUCGUCCUCGUAGGAGACUUGAAUGUCACAAGACACGAAAACGACAGCGCAUGUACGUUGGAAGAGAUCAGAAAGAAGCAGGCUACGAGGGAAGAAUUUCUGUCUGGGCCGAAUAGACGCAUCUUCAAUCAGCUCUUGCUGGGAGGCGAAGUGCUGGGCCAGAGAGAUGAAGGAAGAGAGACGGCAGUAUUAUGGGACACGACAAGAGCCUUUCACCCUGAUAGAAAAGGCAUGUACACACACUGGGACACAAAGAUCAAUGCGCGACCUGGCAACUACGGCAGCAGGAUUGACUUCAUACUUGUAGCUGAGGCAAUGAAGGGCUGGAUAAAAGAAGGCAAUAUACAGGAAGGCUUGCUGGGCAGCGACCACUGUCCCGUGUAUGUGGUAUUCCACGACAAAAUCGAGACGCAGGAAGGCGACAUUGAUCUUGUGGAUAUUAUGAACCCACCCGGCGUCUUUCAGCAUGGGAAACGGGAGCAAGAAUGGAAGCUUGCACUGACGCCAGGUUUCUCUGCCAAACGCAUGCCGGAGUUCGACAAGCGACGCACGAUCAAGAGCAUGUUUGCAGCACCAGCGUUGGAGAAAUUGCAAUCGUCGCAGGAAGAACCAGCGCCACACUCAGGUCUGACGACUGUAACGAAUGGCACCGACGAUCAAGCUGCGUCAAAUAUAACGCAAGAGCAGCUGCCACCCUCCACAGCAUCUCCAGUAAAGAGAAAAGCCCCGACAGCCCCUCUCGCGAAAGAGCCUUCAACCAAACGUCAGAAGUCCGAUGCGAAGAUGGCAGCAUCCAAAGGUCAACAGAGCUUAAAAGGAUACUUUCAAUCGAAGAUUCCGCCUCCCAAGCCUAACGACCCAUCUCCAGAGAAGCAGUCUGACACUCCAGCCAGCAAUAAUACCGACAGCGACGAUGACCCUGACCUCCAGCGUGCUAUAGCCGCCUCAAAUGCUCUGCAUACUCAACUCUCCCAGUCCAACAAGACCUCGAACACUGCAUCUCCUGCCAAAGACCCCUCCACCCCUGAGCCCACCGAGCCUCCCGACCCUAGCGCAGACCACGAGAUUUCUCCUCGCUCAUUCUCUCAACAGCUUGCUUCCGCCGAGCGUACCCAGAAGUCCUGGUCUUCCUUGUUCAGCAAACCCGUCGCACCUCUCUGCGAGGGGCACAAUGAGCCUUGCAAAAGCAUGCUCACCAAAAAGAAAGGCUACAAUCAAGGACGAAGUUUCUGGAUGUGCGCGAGGCCACUGGGACCGAGUGGAGAGAAGGAUCGCACGCCAGGUAGUCAGUGGAGGUGCGCUACAUUCAUUUGGUGCAGUGACUGGCAGAAUGGAAGGGUUCACUCGAAUAGUAAGAACGAAGAUGGCGAUGGGGAGGCAAGUCCUUUUAAGGGGGGAACAAGCUGA